AUGGAAGUUUACAUCGACGAUAUGCUCGUGAAAUCACUCAUCGCUUCCGAUCACGUCGAUCAUCUUCGCACAUGCUUCGAUAUUUUGGACCAGUACGGCAUGAAGCUUAAUUCCACUAAGUGUGUGUUCGGCGUAACAUCUGGAGAGUUCCUCAGAUACAUAGUCACACGGCGAGGCAUUGAAGCUAAUCCAAAAAAGAUUGCAGCUAUACUCGAGCUCCCAUCGCCGACAACCAAACGCGAAGUUCAGCGACUCACUGGACGCAUUGCAGCACUAAAUCGAUUUAUAUCCAGAUCGACAGACAAGUGCUUACCUUUCUACCAACUUCUUCGCGGUAACAAACAUCUCGAAUGGAAUGAGAAGUGCGAAGAAGCUUUUGCUGAGCUAAAGAAAUACUUGUGUACGCUGCCAGCCUUAUCCAAACCCGAAACCGGCGAGACACUUUAUCUCUACAUUGCAAUUUUGGAGUUCGCGGUCAGCAGUGUUCUUGUUCGAGAAGAUCAUGGCGAGCAGAAGCCAAUCUUCUACACAAGCAAAUCCCUUGAUGGGUCGGAGUAUCGUUACCCGACCUUGGAAAAAUUCGCCUUUGCUGUGGUUAUUUCCGAGAGGAAAUUACGCCCGUAUUUCCAAUCUCACUCGAUCGUUGUCCUAACUGACUACCCUCUUCGCACUAUCCUCCAUAGCCCAAGUCAAUCCGGACGACUCGCCAAAUGGGCCAUUGAACUCAGCGAAUAUGACAUUGAAUAUCGAGGAAGAACUGCAACGAAGUCUCAAGUCCUGGCGGAUUUCUUGGUCGAACUCCCACCUGAGCUCGUCGAAGUUAAUCCUGUCACGCAACCUUGGAUUCUCCACGCCGAUGGCUCCUCUUCCCAUAAAGGAUCCGGCAUCGGGAUACGUCUCAAGUCCCCCGAAGAGGAGGUGAUCGAACAAUCAUUCCGCCUUGGCUUCCCGGCAUCCAACAAUGAAGCCGAAUACGAAGCGCUAAUUGCCGGACUACGACUUGCUAAAAAUAUUGGUGCCGAACACGUACACGCCUACUGCGACUCUCAACUUGUGGCUAACAAAUUUCACAGCGAAUACGAGGCCAAGAACGAUCGCAUAGACGCGUACCUCAAAGUCCUUAAGGAUGUUGCUUCGAAGUUCUCAACCUUCGAGCUUACAAAGAUACCUCGUGAUGAGAAUGCAACCGCCGAUGAUUUAGCCGCUCUUGCGACUAAUUCUGAUCCCGAUCUUCGGCGAACUAUCCCAAUCGCGGCAAUUGAACGACCAAGUGUCGAGCCUGCUCCGAACUGCAACAUCAUUACACGACGACGUAAUUACGAAGUCCAACCCAAUCUCGCUCCACCCCUCACCCGGAAGACGAAACCCAGAGAAGUCGUCACCGAUCUCGACAACAACAUGGACGAACAACCUGAUAAUAAUUCCGAUCUCGAAGACGAGUCCGAGGGUCAACACGUUCCAAUCGAUAUCGAAGCCGAAGGUGAAGAUGAGCCUGAAGAUUGGACCCUAGAAAUUGUGGGCUACAUUGGAGAUGGAACAGUCCCCGCAGAUAAAUGGGCAGCUCGGCGCCUCAAGGCGUGUGCAGCUCGGUACGUGGUCAUUAAGGGCACUCUCCUCAGAUGGGACGCAUCCGGUGUACUCUUGACUUGUGUUCACGGCAACGACAUCAUGGAAGUAAUGCAGAAAGUUCAUGAAGGAGAAGGAGGAAAUCACUCUGGAGCUCGGUCUUUGGCAUUCAAGAUCAAAAAAGCUGGCUAUUAUUGGCCCACUAUGCUUUCUGAGUGCGAAAAGUAUACAGCACGCUGCGAGAAGUGCCAACGUCAUGGCCCGAUGAUCAACCUUCCUACCGAGCUUUUGAUGACCUCGACCGCACCAUAUCCUUUCAUGCGCUGGGCAAUGGAUAUCAUCGGUCCUUUUCGCCGCUCUACGACUCAGAAGCAAUACGUUCUGGUCGUCACGGAUUUCACCAAAUGGGUCGAAGCCGAGGCAUACCCCGAGAUUCAUGGAAUCGAUGUCAAGAAGUUCGUCUGGAAAUUUAUCAUCUGCCGACACGGAGUCCCGUACGAGAUCGUUACGGACAACGGAACCGAGUUCACUUCGAUAAUUUUCACAGAUUUUUGCACCAAGUGGAAAACCAGACUAAGUUUCUCUACCCCACGAUACCCACAAGGAAACGGGCAGGCCGAAGCCAUGAACAAAACCAUUAUCGAUGGUCUGAAGAAGCGACUCGAUACCAUUAAGGGAACUUGGGCGGACGAACUCGAUGGUGUCUUGUGGUCUCACCGAACUACACCACGACGUUCAACCGGUCAGUCACCAUUCUUCCUUGCAUAUGGUACAGAAGCUAUGUGUCCAGCGGAACUCAACAUCCCAAAUAUUCGUCGAACCAUGCUCACCCACCAACCCGACGCGAAUAACGAUAUGCUGCUCGACACAAUCGACUUAGUCGAAGAGCAUCGCGAAUGA